GAUUUUUAAAUGCAAAAAUGACUGAGAAAAAAAUUAUUAAAAAUAAUGAUUUUUGAAUCGACCAAAAACGCGGUAAAACCACGUACUCGCCGGUGACGUCAUAUGGCAUAUAACCCCGAAUAAAGCGUAUACGUUUACAUAGCGAACUAACGAAAUGAUUAAAAAUCUGCAACUAUGAGUAAACAACAGACGUACUGUUGGUGCUUUGUACCAUUGUGUUUAAAUACACAACUCAAAAAUCCAGAAAAACUUUUUAUUCAAGUACCGAGAAAUGAAAAAGUGCGGAAUUUGUGGUUCAAGGCAGCUCAUCGAACAGAUCAACCAACAAACUCAAACUACUACUGUUGUGAAGAUCAUUUUAACUUACAGGAAGACAUGGAAAAUUAUACCCGCUACAGACUGAUGGGGGGUUCAAUUAGAAUGAAGCAGGGUGUGGUGCCACAUAUUUUUGAUUGCCAUCCUGGUCGCAAUACUGCCAAAAGUUCUGAACCUCGACCUGGCUUCGUAAAAUUAAACAGACAAAGAACAGUUGCAGAGAUGUUGGCAGAUGAGAAUUGUCCUCUGAAUUUUAAUACCGAUGCAGGACCAUCUUCCAAACAACUGGAAUAUUUACCUGCACCUCAAGAAAGAACAGCAGAAACAGUUACUGCAGUAAUUAAAAAUAAGGAACCUGAGCAGACUCUCAUAAAAAAACAUUUUAGGAGCAAGGCAAUAACAGCUAAACCUUCUACGUCUACAGCAGGAUGUUUAGCAAAACCAAUUAUGGUCGAUAAAUAAUGUUCGCCAAUAAAUCUGCCUACCACAUCUUCUAGUAGUGCAUGUGCCACUAUUACCUCCAAAUCUAGUCUUAGUCAUAGUGAGUAUUACCCAUCACCAGGAGAAUUAUCAGAUUUAGCAGAGGAACAAGAUUUGGAAAUGAAGCAAGCUGCCCUUCGCUUAAUUAAUUAUUUUAUAUCGACUGAUCCCAAAAAUUAUAUUGGUAUCACGAAGCAAUGGCUAUGGAUCAUUGAAGAUAUACAGAGAGGCACUGAAAUACCAAGUGACAAUAUUAAAUUGACACUCAUGAAAAUUAAAAAGAAUGAUACCUUCAAAAGAUUAGGUGACCAAUUUGGAUUGUCUGCAACUGGUGCAAGUAAAAUAUUUAAAAGAAGUGUCCACAAAAUUGCACAUGUCCUAAAGACAUUAAUUUAUUAUCCUGAUAACAUUUAUUUCAACGGGAUAUGGAGGCAGAGUUAGUGAUGUGGAGUUGUUUGAUCAAUGCAAAAUAAUGGAUGUGUUGCCAGAUAAAUGCCAAAUAAUGGCGGAUAGAGGAUUCAAACAAAUUCAAAUAAGCCUACAAAGGAAACAAAUUGAACUUGUUCGACCUCCGUCUGUCUCAACUCAGCAGAAAUCUUCAAAAGAAGAAGUAUUAUUAACUAAACGCAUUGCGAGUUUAAGAAUUCACGUUCAAAGAGUGAUCAGAAGAAUUAGAGAAUAUGCACUGCUGGAACCACAUGCCACUAUUGAUCAUUAUACAAUACCAUAUAUAGAUUCAGUAGUAAAAAUAGCAUCUGCCUUAAUCAA